GCUACAAAUGUUGCUCGAUGAGGAGAUCCCGGCCGGCAAGAAAGCGCUCGUCGAGAGUUACCAGAACCUGACCCGAGUCGCGGACUACUGUGAAAACAAUUAUGUGCAGGCAUCUGGGUGGAGACUCUUGGACAGUUUUGGGUCCCAUGAGAGGAAGUCUAAACUUUUCCUCCUCUCCCCCCGCCGCCAGUCCGGAGAUGAUUGUUUCUCUGCCUGGCAUGUUGUGGGGUGAAACAUUGUACGACACCGAAGGCAGGCAGCUCUAAAUUUGGAGCAGGGCAGCGAAAUAUGAAGUGCCCAGGACAAGAGGAAAGCUCUGGAGGAGACCAAAGCCUACACCACGCAGUCCCUGGCCAGCGUGGCUUACCAGAUCAACGCCUUAGCCAACAAUGUGCUGCAGCUGCUGGACAUCCAGGCCUCGCAGCUGCGGCGCAUGGAAUCCUCCAUCAACCACAUCUCUCAGACGGUGGACAUCCACAAAGAGAAGGUGGCGCGGCGGGAGAUCGGCAUCCUGACGACGAACAAGAACACGGCGAGGACCCACAAGAUUAUUGCGCCGGCCAACAUGGAGCGGCCGGUGCGCUACAUCAGGAAGCCGAUCGACUACGCGCUGCUGGAUGACGUCGGACACGGAGUCAAGUGGAUGAAAGCCAAGCAGCACGGAAACAAUCAGUCAAUCCGAGUCGGAACGCUAUCGCGGACCAACCCGCCGACGCAGAAACCACCGAGCCCGCCCAUGUCAGGGCGCGGCACGCUCGGUCGCAACGCAUCCUACAAAACUUUGGAGCCUGUGAAGCCCCCAACGGUGCCCAACGACUACAUGACCAGCCCGGCCCGCCUGGGCAACCAGCAUGGCGCGCAGCACAGUCCUGGACGCACGGCCUCGCUCAACCAGAGGCAGCGCACACACAGUGGCAGCAGCGGGGGGAGCAGCAGCCGGGAGAACAGCGGCAGCAGCGGCAUCGGCAUUCCCAUCGCCGUGCCGACGCCAUCCAUUCCCAACGCCGGAUCAGUCCCGUUCAUGACCUCCCCCCCGGGUGCGCCUCCUCCGCCUCCUCCUCUUCCUCCAGCUGGGCUCGGUCCACCGCCACCACCACCUCCACCUCCUCCCAUAGCGGUGGCUCCAGGGCCCGGCUUAGGCCCCGCCCCGAUGUCGCAGUUCGGCACCAUCUCGCGGCAGAUUUCGCGGCACAACCCCGCCAACUCGUCCGUCUCCAUGGUGUCGGCCACCGGCACCUACCGCCGGGCCCCGUCCGUCACCUCGCAGUUCUCUUUGCAGCAGCAGCAGCAGCAGCUUCAGCAACAACAGCCUCAUGUUAACGGGGGCACGCCCACUUACAGCCACAACUCAAUGUGCGUGGCCCCCACUCCUCCUCCCCCCAUGCCCCAGCUGACGCCACAGAUCCCCCUGACUGGCUUUGUGGCCAGGAUGCAGGAGAGCAUCUCCGACACUCCGACUCCGCCCCCGCCGCCGCCUCCGGAUGACAUGGCCAUGUUCGACGAGUCCCCGCCACCGCCGCCCCCUCCCCCGGUGGACUAUGAGGAGGAGGACGCCUCGGUGGUGCACUACAAUGACCCCUAUGCUGACGGAGACCCCCAUUGGGCGCCCAAGAACUACAUCGAGAAAGUGGUGGCUAUCUACGACUACAGCAAGGACAAGGACGACGAGCUGUCCUUCAUGGAAGGCGCCAUCAUCUACGUGGUGAAGAAGAAUGACGACGGCUGGUACGAAGGUGUCAGCAGCGGCGUCACCGGCCUCUUCCCCGGAAACUACGUGGAGAGCAUCAUACAUUACGCCGACUAAACCAGAACAAUUUAUAAGUAAGAUGACAAACAAUUUGGUCUAUAUUGAACCCCUGUUGAUUGUGGAGAUACGUUGCAGUCCCACCCGCGCUAUGGAGAGGACAAUAUGCUUUUUUUUUUUUUCUCCCUCCCCAAUCAACUGCUACUUUGCACACAUGUGGUGCAGCAACACAUACAAACAACACUCACACGCCACACCCAUAAAAAACAGUUGCUUAAAAGUCCGCAAUUAUACGGUUUGCACGAACGGUAAACUGAAAUAUAUAGCGGAGGUUCACUGUAUUUUUUUUUUUCUGGGUGGGCGCACGGGCGACAUCAACAGUUGAAGGAUGUUGGGAAUAUGGCCGACUGCUUUCAAGGGGUUCGAUGGGAAUUAUUUCUUUAAUUUUUUUUUCUUUCAGUCGGCGGUAUUCUCUCUCUAUGCUGUAAUUUGUCCAACUCAACACUUCCUCCCUGAGAAAAGAGCAAUUUCGAAGACAAAAAAAUAUUACCUUCAGUUUAUUGACCUUACGUUUGUAAUUGUAUUCACAUUUUUAAUUUUUUUUUUUUUUUUGUAUUACUGUUGAAUCACUGAACUUGCAGAAAAUGCAGAUUUCGGGACCUCAGAAAUUAAACACAUUUGGCACAUUCAUGCAUUUACAUCCUUAAAUGCAAAAAAGAAAAAACGAAAUCCUGCCAUGCGACGUUUACCUUCAGGUUCCCGAUGGAUUUGGUGGUGCCAUACUGCAUGUAUGACUAAAUGACCAAUGAAAUUUUCAAAUUGAAGUGCUCCACAAACGAGGAUUAGGUGAGUUGCUAAGCAUAUGUACAUUAAAUUGUAAAAUAAAUGAGGAUGCCAACAACACAUUGUUUUGAUGGCAUCCUUGUUUCUUUUGCUUUUUGGGGGGAUGUGGGGGGGUAUUUUACAAAAUACACAGAUGUUGCUUCGGAACACAGCUGCGUUGAACUAGGAUAUCAGGCAUAACCAGAUCAAUACAUAAAAUGAUAGUUUGGAUUUUUCAAUCGAGGCGUUAACGUUCACAAAGGGUGCAGCCGGCGGAUGUUGCCGAACUCCCAGUAGCCUUGAACGCAUCACUGAACUUGUCUUCGGGUUUUAUCACGUAUGCCGUUAGCAAAGCAGCAUGUCGUCUUUUCACCCUGUUCAAGGGAGUAAUUGGUCCAACAAGUGCAUUCUCGGUUGUUUUCUGGCGUACUGUGGUCUGCGCGAUGCUCUGUAUCGUCGAAAGCCGUCUAAAAAAAA